CCUGCCAUCAGCGAGGCUGCACAAGACGACUUAAGUUGAGCACUGAUGCCGAGAGAGAACCUGAACUUCGGCUUUGGGUUUCCUUUGGAAUUGACAUUUGGGGCCUGUUUUUGGCCUGGUCUCUGCCAGGUCAUCUCCCUGAGCCAUCACCGGAAGCUGCCAGGAAGUCCAGUGGAAUGGGAAACGAGAAUUGCAGCUUAUGGCCGAGCGUAGGGAUCGGCGCCGUGACCAUCGUCGUGCACGCCACCCUCCUCAUCGUGUUCUACAUCAGCCUCAGGAAGCAGAUAGCUAACAAACCCAGCUGUUCCCAGAGUCGCAGCCAAAGCAAGAAAGCUGCUGGCAGCACCACCCCGGCCCCUAGCAUUCCUGAAAAAAUUCCUUCUCCUCCCAGGGAAGAUGGGACAGUCAUCCCACUACAGACACCAAACUAUGCGGGGGACAGCGACACCUCUUCAGAUAGCUCGGACAGCUCAGACGGCCCCUGCCAGGGUACCCAGGCCCCCAAAAGUGCGAAUUAUUCAACUCUGGUUUUUCCUCCCCCUGGAGGCCAAGACAAAAUGGUAGCCGAGGACUAUGAGAAUCUGCGGGAGGGCAGAGAUUAUAUCAACGUGGACCCCAAGAAACAGAAACAUGAUUUCUGGACUUUCACCAAUCCCGCCAUCUCUGAGUCUGUGGAAUACACAGAGGUAUCCAUAAAAACUUCCAAAAACUAGGCCAUGUUUGCCAAUCCGUGGACUUCAGCAGAAAUAAUGGAAAUAGGGAGCCAUUAAUCAAGGAAUCAUAGGGUCUUGAAACUGGAAAGGUACUCGGGAGUUCAUCUUAUCCAGCCCCCUGCAUCUAGGAAUAGAAAACCCACAACCUCCAUUGGAAGUCUAUCCCAGAUUCCUAUCCUUCUGUAAAAGAGAGAAGUUCUUAUUUACUGUUUAGCCAACUUCACUGCUGAGAUUUAAGAUCGUUGCCUCUUGUUUGGUACUUGAGAAUAAGGAGAACGACUGGUCAGUCUUACUCAUGUGAUAAUCUCAUAAAUUUGAAAGUCUCUAAUACUUCCUCCCUCAACCUCUCCUUCUCCAGGCUUAUCAGCCCCAUUUUCUUUAACCCUUUUCCUAACAUUUUCCUAACCUAUUUGCCUAAUGUUUAUUCAUUUUUGUUACUACGUAGAGACCAAAGCUGGAUAAUAGUCUAAUAAGGAUAUGAUUCAUGCCAAAUACAGGGGAAGGAUCACUUCCUGAUCUGAAGAUUGUAUGCUAGUUAAUAUGACCAGUAUCAUUUCAAUUUUUUAAUAACCGCACAACACUGAGACACAACGUGACCUAAUGGAAAGAGCACAGACCAGGGAGUCACAGGACAUGGGUUCUAA